CUGCGCAUAGUGAUCGGAGUAUAACAUCACAGUACCACGAGAGAGCAAAGCUUUCCAAUCGCUCUCGCGAUACCUGAUGUCAUAGGCCGGUCAGGUUUUCGCAGCGCCGCUGAAGUCGACACACGACCCCGAAUGAAAGCGACCAAUAACAGUGUGGAAUCUAAUUACUAGUACCGCCCCCCGCAGCAUCAGCAUCCAAACCCCCGCUGACGUCACGCAAUCCGCUGUGUGCGGUAAACAGCGGCGGUGAGCGGCUGCGGAAGGAUGCCGACCCAACCGCGGGUCUGAGGCGACAUGCCCGCUGUCCUCUAUAAACCUUCGGCUACCAUCAUCAUCACCCCCACCUACACCCUGCGGCACCGAUGAAGCCUCCCCUGUCGAACCGAAACCGGGCCGAAGGGCGGACAGAGGAGAGAGAGGAUGUACUGGCGCAUCGGGUUCGCUUGGACCCGCUCGUGCGUGCUUGAGCUGGGCCGGAAUAAGAGCUUCUCUCUGAGCUUAUGCGGGUCCGAGGAGCAUCUGUCGUUGUAUGGGUACAUCAUCGCUUAUCCGCUGCAGGAGUACGGAGGGAUCAUGUCUGCGUUUGUGUCCGACACCUGGUGGAGGAAGACGCUCUACAUCACCGGGGGCGCGCUGCUCGCCGCCGCUGCAUAUUUACUACACGAGCUACUAGUCAUCAGAAAGGAACAGGAGUUGGACUCUACAGAUGCCAUAAUUCUACAUCAGUUUGCCCGACCCAACACCGGAGUCCCUAGCCUGUCCCCCUUCUGCCUCAAGAUAGAAACAUAUCUUCGGAUGGCAGACCUGCCCUACCAGAACUAUUUCGAUGGGAAGUUGUCUCCUCAAGGGAAAAUGCCAUGGAUCGCUUAUAAUCAGGAGCAGGCGUGUGGAACAGAUUUCAUCAUUGACUUCCUGGAGGAGAAGCUCGGCGUGAAUCUCAACUCCAGCCUGAGUCCUCAAGAGAAAGCCAUCUCGCGUGCCAUAACCAAAAUGGUGGAGGAGCACUUUUACUGGACGAUCGCGUACUGUCAGUGGGUUGACAAUGUGGAGGAGACGCAGAAGAUGUUGGCGACGAACGGGCCACUGAGUGACCUGCUGAAGUGGAUCUUGAGUCAGGUGACCGGUGGGAUCGUAAAACAGGAGAUGUACGGCCACGGGAUCGGACGCUUCUCUAAAGAGGAGGUUUACACCCAGAUGGAGAAAGACAUGCGCACACUUGCCACACUACUUGGCAAUAAAAAGUAUCUAAUGGGCCCUGAGAUUUCAACUGUAGACGCUGCUGUGUUUGGUCAUCUCGCUCAGGCCAUGUGGACUCUUCCUGGAACACGCCCAGAACAGCUUAUCAAAGGUGAGUUCAUCAACCUGGCCAUGUACUGCGAACGAAUCCGCCGGAAAUUCUGGCCAGAAUGGUUCGUGGACGUCGACGACCUUUAUUAUGACGGACUGAGCGAAGAACCGGCUUCUCCUUCCCAGCUUCCGGAUUUGGGUCUCUACUCACACAGCGACAGCUUCCAGGAGCAGGAAAGCCCUCCCUCACACCGCGCAACACAGACUCCAGACAGCGACAACACUGGACGCUCUCUUUUUGAUUCAGACAUGGACACCGACGUGUCGGAAAUGGAGCAGCUGAAGGGUUAACCACACCCCUUUACGAUAAUGGCCACGCCCCUUUCGUUCUCCCACGAACCCAUUAACAGUGCAAUGGGUUGUCAAAUGAAGACGUCACUGUGGUGAAAUAGCAGCGGUUUCUCCAGACUCUGACCAAUAAAGCGGACAGUGAAGGUAUUAUGAAAAAUUAGGGGAAAGAGGGAAAGAAAUGUUAUUAAAUAGACCCGGGAACAUCCAAUCCGUAAGGAUGCACAAAAUAAAAAAUAAAUCAUCAAACAGAAAACAAUCAAGAAAUGAAAAGGAGUGAAUGACGUUUCUACUGAAUCACUCCUGCCGCAGUGUGACAUCAUCAUUGUGCUCAAUGACAUCACCACAUGUGACCACUAUGUGUCCGUUCGUUCUGACAUAUGAUUAUUAUAAUACGGGUAGUCAGUGCAAAAGAAGGAUUUUAGGUAAUGAUUGAUAAAAUGUAGUUAGAUAUUGUGUGGUUCCUAAAAACACUUUUUGCCUUUACUGAUCUGGACUGCAUAUCUAUGUGUAAAGUUUUAUUCAGUCAGAUUUCCAAAGAGAAAAGACGCUGAGGGGGAGAAGUGAUAUGAUUUUAACGAGUAAAGACUAGCAGCGAAGGGACAUUUAUUAAAUCUAUGUUGACAUAAUUCGAGAUCUGAUUCUGGAAAACAUUAUGUACUGUAGUCAGCAUGCUCAGCUCUGUUCAUUGUCUUAAGUUCAACUAAAAAUUCAACCAUUGUCUGUUAUUCAUCCUCGUGUCAUUCCUAAACUGACUUUCUUCUUCCGUUGAACAGAAAGUGAAAUAUUGUGAUGAAAGCAGUAAGCAGGAGGUGUCAAAAUGACUAAUUGAGUUGAAGUUAUCAGUACAAUGUGUGUUAUGUUCUUAUAAGCCUUUUGAAACCAUAUGAUGUGUGCAUGUGAGGGAAAAGACAAAACAUAAAAUAUUCAUUAUUAAUCUCUUCAUUCUCAAAUUUCAUUUCAGCAAGCCCAUACUCAAACUCAUCACCUCAUGCCAGGUUUGAUAUCAGUGAUGUCAUUAUGUCUCACGUGGUGAACUAUUCAUUAAGAGGAGAGGACAAAUAUCAGCAUUAUUUUUUACCAAUGUAAAACAGAAGAUUUUAAGUUAUUUUUGCCUGCUUAAUGCAGCCUGACCCGUUACAGAAUCUUAAUCAUACAUGACUUUUGUAUGUGUGUACAGCUGUUAUGUGUGUUGAAUGUGUAGGUCAAAACAUAGCUUGUGUUUGUCGAACAGCAGACACUUGGUUUCUGACAGAUCUUUGUCAUUGUGUUAUGCAAAAGCGCCCCCUUGUGUACUACAUCACCAUCACAACAUUCUUAUGACAGAGUACAAUGAAUUUGCCUAUAAAAAUGCAGCGGACACAGAAGGGAGGUGCAUAACAGAAUACAGAAGAAGGGAGAUGAGCUUAUGCUGUGUGUGUGUGUGUGUGUGUGUGUGUGUGUGUGUGUGUGUGUGUGUGUGUGUGUGUGUGUGUGUGUGUGUGUGUGUGUGUGUGUGUGUGUGUGUUUGCUGCAUGUGUGUGUGUGUGUGUGUGUGUUUGCUGCAUGAGUGUGUGUGUGUGUGUGUGUUUGCUGCAUGAGUGUGUGUGUGUGUGUGUUUGCUGCAUGAGUGAGUCACCGAGUCAUCGUCACACACGAGUAAAUCUGUAGGAUGUUUUUGUGUUGAGUGAUCUCAUAGGGGUUCAAACACAGCCAAUCAUAUACAAGACCAGAGACUGCUGCUUUUUCCGUUUUGUAGCAAGAUGGAAACAGUACACACAUAUUUACUGAUACAUGAAAUGCCCUUACAUUUAUUUUUAUAUUUUAAAUAUAUCCAUAUUCCUUAUUAUAAGAUAAAUGGAAUGUGUGUUGAUAUUUUCAAAUGGAAACACAAAGGACCCUUGUAGGAAAAAACCUUGUUAGACAAACAUCAAAAUUCAUUGAUUGAUCAUGUAGCCUAUGUGAUUUUUACACUAAGGUGCUUUAUCAGAAAAAAAUGACUGUGGCUUAAAAAAUGGCUGCAUGUCAUUUACAAAUAAAAAGUGCCAUGCAAAUGCCAUGGAAACUUCAAAUAAUAAUAAUUAAAAAUUAUAAGUCACAGUUAGCUGAACAAAACCUUUAUUAUCAUUUAUAUAUAUAUAUAUAUAUAUAUAUAUAUAUAUAUAUAUAUAUAUAUAUAUAUUUAUUUAUUUAUUUAUUUAUUUGUUUGUUUAUUAAUUGUGUCUGAUGCCAAAAGCAAACAUUUUAAAUUUUAUUUGAAUUUUAUUUUUAUGUAUAUCUAUCUACUAUAUGCUUGUGACCUCAUGUUAUGUUCAACAAAUUAUUUAUUCUUAAGUUGUAUAUUUUUUUGUAAAUAUCUGUAGUUUUGGUUUACAAAGAUUUGCUGUUUGUUUUUUUAUGAAAUUAGGAAAACAUCAGAACUGAGUUACUGUAAGGGUAUACAUCACCAGAGGAGCAUUAACAAAAUCCUCAAUACAUGCAAUUGCUAGCAAAUUUCCAAGGGUCUCUUAGAUUUCAUUUCUAGUUUUAUUAUUCAUGACAAUCUAAGAACCCCACUCAUAUAAAGAAAAAUAACGGGAUAAACUGGGAAUGCAAAGAUGGGGCAAGAUCCAAAUGUCUCUGAUCUCUCGUGUCUGUUGUGUCACAUGUUUGUGUUGCGCUGUAUUCCAGAAUCAAUGUUGUAUGUAUCAUGACCUGGUGGCUUUAUGGAUUUAUUAUGUGCUGUACACAACAGGUCUUGUGGGAGGACUUGUGUACAUGAACUUUUGAUCCCUGUAACAUAAGAAACUAAACUUGUCUGACAAAAGUAUAUUUCAUGAAAUAUAACUGUAAUAAUUUAA